CAGAAAUUAGUCGAAAUUUAGUUAAAUAUACUAAGCUAAGCACGUAUUAACUACGUAUAAAGUGUUUAUUUUACAUACCAAACAAAUUAUUAAUAGUUUUAUCAACAAAUUGGAAACGCGCUGGUGAAUAAAAUAUGUUUCAAACCAUUGGAUUGCGAGUGUAAGCCAUAACACAACGAAAAAAAAUGGCAAACACAUGCACAACUACAAAAAACCCAAAAACCAACUAGACGCCUGACGUUAAUUGAGAGCAAUACAAUAUAUACAUACACAUACAAAUUGAACCUUAUACAGACGAUAAUAUUUAAAUUAUAAGCCAUCAACAUAUAUGCUAUCUGCAACAUUGGGGGCCAAUGGCGGCCACACGCCGCUCAGUCCCUCCGCUCAGGCGACGCUCAGCAAGCACUUGCCCAAGCUCCAAAGCAAGCGACUCAUGCAACAUGGAUUGGGUACGACAACGACGACGACGAGCAAACCACAAACUAGCGAUGCCAGUUGCCUAACAGAUCUUUGCAGCAGCGAGAACUUGCCUGAGGUGGAGAUAUUUUCGCUGCUGGAGGAGCAGAUACCCAAAUAUAAAGUACGCAACGAUUUCCUUACGGAUUUCUCAGGCUACGCCAAUGAGGAUUGGUUUGUGCCCGCGCCAGCGCUACCCAUACCAGUUGAGGGUCUAGGGUUGACCAAGGACCAGACGAGAGAGUGCCUCAACUACUUUCUUCUAUGUGGUAAUCGUGUUAGCCAGAUGACGCGCGCGUACGAUGACAUUGAAGCCGUUACGCGUCUGCUGGAGGAGAAGGAGAAGGACUUGGAGCUGACGGUGCAAAUUGGCAAGGAGCUGCUCACACAGAACAAUGCACUCGAAGCGCGUGUUAGCGAUCUGGAAACAGAUCUCAAAUCCGCCAACGAUGAUCGUGCACAGCUGCUGCACGAGCUGCACAAGAAAAACGAGCUGAUUUCGGUGCUGACCAACGAUGCGGAUGAUGGCACAGAUGCGGACACGCCUACAAUGAGCAAGUCCAUAACAUUGGAUCUGCUGCAAAAGAAGGUCAAUUCGCUGCUUGAUGAGAAUAAGACGCUGAGGAGUGAGGCCACGCAGCUGGCGCAUCAGACGGACGAGGUGGAGGAACACGAGCGUCGCCUUAUGGCGGAUAUAAGCGCGCAGUUAAGCGACGCCAAUUCGCAAUACGAUAACAUCAAUCUGGAGCUGGAGCGGCAGCGAGAAGAGAAUCGCCUGCAGCAUGAGCAGAUUGUUAGUCUGACAGCGCGUCUGGCGGAGGCGGAAAUGCGACUGCAUCAGUUGACACAGGACAAUGAUGAGCAUCUGUCGCUGCUGCAUGUGACCAAGGAGAAUCAAAAUGCGCUUGCCUUGGAGCUGGUGGAGUUCAAGAUGCGCUAUGAAGAGGUGUUGGCGUUACUGCACUCGGCACAGGAUCAGCUGAAGCAGCAGCGCAAGCGUUCGCAGCCCAUGGCGCGUAGCUCGUUUUUGGGUGGACUGGGUCACAAUGGUGCCGCUGCUGUUGUGGCCGUGGAGUCGCUGCAAUCGGAGCUGAUGGAGUCCUCCAUGUACUCGGAGAACAGCCUCGAUUCAGGCAUAUCGGGUGAUAGUCAACGCUGUGCGGAUCGCAUUAGCCGCAUGCUCCAAUCCCAGCUACCGGGCGGCGGUGGCGACUUCGGAGCCAGCAGCAGCAUCUACGGCGCGCCUCCUUACAAGCGAGCAUUCGACACGGUGCGCUGUGCCACCAAGAGCGGCAAUUAUAUGGACAGCAGUGAUAGCGGCAAUGUGUCGAUGACCCAACUGGGUGUCAUGUCCAUGAGCAGUUCCUCGGGUCCACGCAUGGCUAGCAUGGCAUAUCCGGCGGGCUCGUAUUAUCGUGGCGCCAGCACCGGCAGCAGCAACUCCCUAGGCCUCAAGACGCUCUCCAACGAGAGCUUGCACUCCCAGUCCGACGAUGGCUAUCCGGCGCAGCCUUCUGGCGUGCCGGGUGCGCCAGGCGCCAAGGAGUUGGAAGCAGCGCUUAAACGUCUAACGCCCGCUGAGGUCUUGGCGCGUCGCGCAAUGCUCUCGCAUGCGCCUGCCGGCACCUACAACUACGAUGAGCCCAUGGGUAACCAACGCGGCUCAGCGCUGGGCAAAGGGGAUCAAGGACUGCCGCUGGGUGUGCGCACGCCGGAGAGCAUCAUGUCCACCGGUUCGGGCUCAAUAGCAGGACUCACAACGCAUCCUUGGCGUUUGCCCGAAAAGCUGCAGAUUGUCAAGCCCAUGGAGGGCUCGCAGACGCUGCAUCAUUGGUCACGCCUGGCCACGCCCACUUUGAGCGGUCUGCUGGAGGAGCGUCCGGGUGUCACCAUACGCGGUGGACGUGGACUCGAUGAGCUGGGCAUGCAGAUGUACACGCUGUCCGACGUGGAGGAGGACAUCAGCGAGGAGCUGGGACCAGGCAAACAAUUCGAGGCGCCUGGCUGCACCUAUACCUACACCAACAGCAUGGUAAUGCAUCCAGACGAUGGCUUUGUCAACGAUCUAUCCUUCCUAUCCCAGUCACAAGUGUCUUCGCGCAUGGCCUCUACUUCAACAUCGAGACAGCCCAGUUGUCCCGCCACGCCGCGUGGCAUGUCGCGCAAGAACUCCUGCUCCACAUUUUCGGUGAAUAUGGGCCUGGCCGGCAUGCUCAAUGAGCGUGGCAUUAAGGCCGUAACGCUCAGCGCUUUGAACACGCCCGCCGGUCCCAACUUCUCGCCCACAGUGACGCCUUGUAAUAGUCCAGAAGGCUCACCCCCACGUGCGCAGUCGCCGGAGCCGCUCUUUGGACUGCUCUCCUCGGGCGCGGAUUUGAUACGACGCAAGCUGGUGGGCCCCACGGAUCUGCAGCAGCAGCGCAAGCAACAUCAACAGAAGGUGUUGCUCUCGCAGCUGGAGCGACGUGCUCUGCGCUCGCUGAAUCUUAUCGAGAAGGUGGAGAGCAUUGGACUGGAGAACAUAAUCAGCGCACAUCGCGGCCUCGGCGCCGGCAUUGCCAAUCGCAGCAGCAGCUCACAGCUGAGCAGCGCUGCCAGCGAGGACAGUUUGCAGAGUCUGCAUAUGAGCAGCAACAGCUACGUGGAUGAUAUACACUUUGAUCGCGCACAAAUCAAGGGUGUGCUGCAUCGUGGCCUCAAGUCGCCUUCACCCAGCAAGCCAGCCGUGGGCGUGGCUAGCAAUAGCAGCUCCACAACGAGUGCCUACAAUAGCGAGGAUAGCGAUGAUCAGGGCAUUGUGAUGUCGCUGAAACCCAAGCCCAUCCCCAGCACAACGAAGUCUGCAAGUCGCAGUGCAGCAAGCAGCGCAGCAGCAGCGUCUACAGCAGCAAGCAGCGUCGGCAAUGGCAGCAGUUCAGUUAGCGAGACGCGCUUGAAGCAAAUGCAGCGGCAAAAGUCACGACGCAAUUUGAAGAACGGCAUGGCAGCGCAGCGACCCGACUUGGGGCGAGUGCGUCCAGAUCUCGGCAAGGUGGCGGACAGCAGUGCAGCGGAGGCGGCGUCAGCAGCUGCUGCUGGCAAGAGUGAUAGCGAGGCGUCGCGUGCAGCGUCGUCGCAGCAGCAGAGCAUCACGCAGGCCUUUGUGGGCUCCGUUAGUUCGUUGUUGUUUGGCCGCAAGGGCGGCUGGCUGUAAGCGCUAGACGUAUCCUAUCCAUCAUAUUUAUUUUGAUUUAAGACAGACCGUGUGAGUAGAAGAAGUGAAGAAGUAGCAAGCAAAGCAAAGCGAUACAUUUUCCUUUAAUUUAGUAUUUUUAUUUACCAACAUUUAUGUAAAUGUACAUAGAGCAAGGCAAAGAGCAGUUGCAGAACAGAAUGAAAAGGAAGAAGUGAAGAAGGUUUAUUAUUUUUUUUUGUUGGUCACCGCGAUCGCUGUCUUAGUGCUUGUAGCUGUGAUUUUUGUAAAUAUUUGUAGUAAAAUGUUUAAAUUUAAUAGUUAUAAUACUUAAUGAAAUCUUUACUUGUUUUUGCUCCAAACCACCACAACAACAACAAGCAGAACACAACAGCAAUUAAUUAACCUACACUGGCCAGCAAAACAAACAGUUCCAAAGCAGCUUUAUUUUUUCUUUUUAUUUUUUAACUGUUUACUGAAUAUCGAAACAUACCUACAUAUACAUACAAACAUAUAUACACAACUAUUAUUAUCUGAUUUUUUGCCAAUUAUGUAUUUAUUUUGAAUUGUGCGUGUGCGUACAUUAGCGUAUGCACACUAUAGCUUAUAUAUUUUAUUUUUCUUGAUAAAUUCGUUUAUAAGUCGAAGCAGCAGAAGCGAUGUAUAUAAAAAAUGUUCAACAAAACGAAAGCAAACUGAAUGGUGGGAUAUGCAAAAAGUACAUAUAUUUUUUUACUCAUGUAUAUAGUUUACUCUUUUGCUUUCCACACCACCAACAACUAUUACGUAUAUCACAAACAAUUAAUAAAACCUAAAACAAACUAAAAUGCGCUUGAUUACAUUUAUAAAAACCACAACAACAAUUAUGUAAUUUUGGUGCUUUGUUGAAUCCCAAAAUGACAAAUUUGGUUUCUAGUCCCCACACA